CCCUGUUUGAAAGCCUCUGCACCGUUCCCAGCGGAGGGGUGCCCCUCGGGGUCAUCGUCCAACCUGGAGCCGCGCAAGGACUCUGACUCCACCGAGAAGCCGUACCAAUGCAGGGACUGCGGGAAGGGAUUCAACUGCCCGUCCCAGCUGGAAACGCACCGACGCAUUCACACUGGGGAGAAGCCCUUCAUCUGCCCCGUGUGCGAGAAGGGCUUCGCUCAGCUGUGCAACCUGCUGACCCACCGGCGGCUUCACACCGGGGAGAGGCCGUUCACCUGCUCCGAUUGUGGAAGGGGCUUCACGCAGUCGUCCAACCUGCUGAGACACCGGCGCACUCAUACGGACAUGAGGCCCUUUCGAUGCCCAGACUGUGACAAGAGCUUCAAGACCACCAGGGACCUGAUGACGCACCUGGGCACACACACCGGGGAGAGGCCGUUCACCUGCUCUGUGUGUGCCAAGGGAUUCACUCGGCCCUCUCACUUGCUGAGGCACCAGCAGGUUCACCUGCGAUUGCUGGGAUUUCAUUCGCGGAACAUGGUUCCCUGAAAGCGGCGCCUCCCAGUGGACAGGGUGAUAAAGAAGGCUUUUGGCACGUUGGCCUUCAUCAGUCAGGAUAUUGAGUACAGAUUUUGGGACAUUAUGUUGCAGUUCUACAAGAGACGUUGGUGAGGCCAUAUUUGGUGUACAGGCACCUCGUGUUAUACACAGUGGUUACGCACUUCAAAAGAGGUGGCACAGUCUCACAGCUGGCGGAAUGACUGCCUCACAGCGCCAGAGACCCGGCCUCGAUUCCGACCUCGGGUGCAGUCUGUGCACUUUUUGCAUUUUCUUCCUGUGAUCACGUGGGUUGCUCCAGUGUCCAGUGUCCUCCCCCAUCCCAAAGGCGUGCGGGUUAGUAGGUUAAUUGGCCCCUGUAAAUUGCCCCCUAGUGUGCAAGAUGUGAAAAUGGGAUAACCUAGGGCUAGUGUACCGGUGAUAGAUGGUCAGUGUGGACUCGAUGGGCUGAAGGCCCUAUUCCCAUGCUGUAUCCCUUAAAGCUAAAACUAAAAAACCAAAAAAAACUAAUACAAAACCAGCGCGUAUUUCAAAUACAAGUAAAUUAAUGCAUAACUGAAAGAACAGGCUUUGGUAUUAAUAAAAUAAGCGUGUUAUUCCAAAAAUGCAUAAAUCAAAUAAGCAAAAUGUGAGGUGCCUGUAUUGUGUUCAGUAUCGGUUCAUCCUGUUGCAGGAACGAUGUUGUCAAGCUAGUGAGAGUGCAGAGAAAUUUAACGGGGAUGUUGCCAGGACUUGAGAACCUGAGUUAUCGGGGGAGGUUGCGCAGGCAUGAAGUUUAUAUCAUGGCUGAAGGGUGAUCUUGUAGAGGUGUAUAAAUAGGAUGAUUGCACAGUCUUUUACCCAGGUUAGGGGAAUCUUGAGGUUGUAGGUUUAAGGUGAAUGGGGUAAGAUUUAAUAGGAACGUGAAGGGCAACUUUGUCACCCAUAUGGUGGUGCAUAUAUAGUAUGAGCUGCCAGAGGUGAUAGUUGAGCCGGGUGCUUUUAACAGCAUUUAAAAGACAUUUGAACAAGUACAUGGAUAGUAGAGGUUUAGAGGGAUAGUGGUCGAACGCGUGCUAAGGCAACUAGUUUAGAUGGGGCAUCUUAGGUAGGCAACAGUGCUGGAGAAACUCAGCGGGGGCAGCAGCAUCUAUGGAGCGAAGGAAAUCUUGGUCGGUAUAGACAAGUUGGGCCUGUUUCCGUGAUCUAUGACUAUGAGCCAAAAAUACAGAACAUUAAAGAAAGUACAGCAUAGCAACAGGCCCUUCAGUCCACAACGUAUGCUGUACAUAAUGCCAAGAGAAAUUAAUCUGGUCUGCUGCUUACAGUCAGAACUGAUGUACAUUUGUUCAGGAAGUGUACAAAUGUAUUCUUAAUAACCAUUAUACAAGUAAUUCUGCUGUAACAUGUGUUUCCAUAACGUUAUUUGGAUAAGUGGGGUACCACGAGGCUUGGUGCUGGGACUACAGCUAUUUGCAGUAUGCAUUAAUGAUUUAGAUGAAGGGAUUAAAAGUGACAUUAGCAAUGACACAAAGCUGGGUGGCAGUGUGAACUGUGAAGAGGAUGCUAUGAGGAUGCAGGGCGACUUGGACAGGUUGGGUGAGUGGGCAGAUGCAUGGCAGAUGCUGUUUAAUGUGGAUAAAUGUGAGGUUAUCCGCUUUGGUGGCAAAAACAGGAAGGCAGAUUAUUAUCUGAAUGGUGUCAAGUUAGGAAAAGGGGAAGUACAACAAGAUCUGGGGGGUCCUUGUUCAUCAGUCACUGAAAGUAAGCAUGCAGGUGCAGCAGGCAGUGAAGAAAGCUAAUGACAUGUUGGCCUUCAUAACAAGAGGAAUUGAGUAUAGGAGCAAAGAGGUCCUUCUGCAGUUGUACAGGACUCUAAUGAGACCACAGGUGGAGCAUUGUAUUCAGUUUCGGUCUCCAAAUUUGAGGAAGGAUAUUCUUGCUAUUGAGGCAGUGUAGCGUAGUUUCACGAUGUUAAUUCCCGGGAUGGCAGGACUGUCAUAUGUUGAUAGAAUGGAGCAACUGGGCUUGUAUACACCGGAAAUUAGAAGGAUGAGAGGACAUCUUAUCGACACGUAUCAAAUUAUUAAGGGAUUGGACACGCUAGAGGCAGGAAACAUGUUCCCAAUGUUGGGGGAGUCCAGAACCAUGGGCCACAUUUAAGAAUAAGGGGUAGGCCAAUGAGAACGGAGAUGACGAAAAACGUUUUCACCCGGAGAGUUGUGAAUCUGUGGAAUUCUCUGCCUCAGAAGGCAGUUGAGGCCAAUUCUCUGGAUGCUUUCAAGAGAGAGUUAGAUAGAGCUCUUAAAGAUAGCGGAGUCAAGGGAUACGGGGGGAAGGCAGGAACGGGGUACUGAAUGUGGAUGAUCAGCCAUGAUCACAGUGAAUGGCGGCUCGAUGGCCCAAAUGGUCUACUCCUGCACCUAUAGUCUAUUGUCUAAAACAUGAUUAAUAUAUUAGGGAACAUUAUUUGGAUUAAACUGACCAAAUGGAUCAUUGUGUAAUUUAGAAUAGGAACUGGCAAACCAAUUAAAAGUUACUUGAAAAUUGACAUGCAGAACAAAAUGUCUGUCUUGUAGAGAGAACAGUCUUGGGGGGGAAAAGAGUUUCCUGGCAAAAAUCAAACGCAUUGUCUCUUAACACAGCUUGUCAGUUUCACCGCAAGUGAUCAUGGAAAUUGACAAGCAAUUGAUUCUAUUGAUACUUGAGCUCUGAUACUCGGUUAACAAUGUAACAUAGCUGAUAGUGUUUAUACCUUCAGUAAUACAAAUAAACUUCUAGCUCUUAA